AUUGUGUCUUGACGUCACGCUGUCGCCUUGUCUGUGGCGGAGGGCGGGGAGGAACCGGCAGGUUCGGGUACCGUGACUUCCGGUAUGGGUUUGGUCCUGGAAGAUGAGCGGAGAAGCGCGUACCGCUCGCUGUGAUCUGAUAAGAUUCCGUCUGGGCCGGUUAUGGAGCGGAGCCUAACCUGGUAACCCGAAGAGGAUCGGAGGUGAGAUCUUUGGGGGGGACCGAUUCCAAUCCGUAAAGUUUGGCGGUUGCCCGGACGACGCUAAGGCUAACUCAGCGAAACGCGUCAGCCGCCUGACGCGGAUCCCACCGUCUCUCUGCUCGGAAGGCCCCCGCGUUUCGAUGAAUUCUGUUUCUCCCGCGGCCAUUCAGUAUGGGAGCCCGGAGGGGUCGCGACGGGCCGACGGACGCAGGAACCUGACGAAACGUAACGAUCAGACCAAGAUGGGCUACCAGGCAGCCGGCCGGGAGAGCGAUACUGACGAGGUGGAUAAGAUCAAGAGCAAAUUACUCACGGCCUGGAACAAUGUCAAAUACGGCUGGACGGUAAAAAUGAAAACUAAUUUUAGCACCGCAUCGCCCCUCUACUUGCUCGGAGUACCCUACAACUUCAGACUGGAUGAGGACAUAGAGCGUUUCCAGAACGACUUUGUGUCUCGGGUCUGGCUGACGUAUAGAAGAGACUUUCCUGCGCUGGAGGGGACACCGCUUACCACAGACUGCGGCUGGGGGUGCAUGAUUAGGAGCGCGCAGAUGCUGCUAGCCCAAGGCCUGCUGGUCCAUCUUCUGUCAAGAGAAUGGUUUUGGCCCGGCUCGUUAUACACUCAGUUAGUAGACAUGGAACCCAUCCGAUCGUCCUCCAACACUCUCCACUUCGGCCCUGCUUCCUUAAUGAAAUACCCUCAGGACCGAGCUCCUUCUCCCCGGAGCGCUGUGCCUCACCGGCGCCACCUACAGAACCCCCAUCAAGAGCAGAUCCACAGAGACAUCCUACGCUGGCUGUCCGACCACCCUAGCGCUCCGUUUGGGUUGCACCGCAUGGUGUCGUUAGGGGGCAGCUUUGGCAAAAAGGCAGGAGACUGGUAUGGUCCCAGUAUCGUGGCGCACAUUUUGCGGAAAGCUUUAGAGAGAUCGCCUCAACUCCCAGAGCUGUCUGUCUACGUGUCUCAGGACUGCACAGUGUACAGAGGAGAUGUGGAGCAGCUGCUGGGGGGAGUGGAUCCUGCAUCCGACACCUGCAGUGCUGGGAGGGCAGUUAUUAUUCUGGUGCCCGUGCGUCUUGGAGGAGAAACAUUCAAUCCGGUGUAUAAACACUGCGUCAAGGAGUUCCUGCGCAUGCCGUUUUGUUUGGGCAUUAUCGGUGGGAAACCCAAACAUUCUCUGUAUUUCAUUGGUUACCAAGAUAAUCAUUUGUUGUACCUGGACCCUCAUUACUGUCAGCCGUACGUCGAUACCGGCAAGGAGGAAUUUCCUCUCGAGUCCUUCCACUGUAAUUCCCCUCGCAAAAUGUCCAUCACCAGAAUGGAUCCCAGCUGCACCUUUGCUUUCUACGCCCGAAACCAGAGCGCGUUCUGUGCCCUCUGUGACCAUCUAAAGGAGGUGCUGAGCUCCCCGUCGGCGGAGGAGAAAUAUCCCGUGUUCAGCAUUUCGGACGGACAGGCUCAGGAAUACGGCGGUACGGACCGGCCGCAGGGCUCCCGCGCACCACCCCGCGGACCGCCUCGCACCAACAGGACGGGAAUGGCCAAGAGGCCCAGCUCAGAUGAGUUUGAGUUCCUGUAAGCGGGGGUUGUCUCUCUGUGCCGGACGGACUCGCGGUAUAACCCGUCCAAAGCACUAUUUCUGUUACUUGAAACAGUGUGGGGCCCAAUCGAGAAGGACAUUGGUGUCUAGAAGUCCAGGCUUUAAAGAGUUAACCGCUAUAAAAUAAGAAGUAUAGCGUUGGACCGUGUUAGCCAUAGAAAGAGACAAAGCGAACUUGGUAAAGAUCCCUUUUAUUGGCUGACGAGAAAAUCAAGGUCUCUUCUUCAGGUAUCAAGUGCCUGAAGAAACUACCUAGAUAGCCUUCAGAGCUUGCACUCCGUUAU